CCGAGGUAUCAACAUAAGAUUUCUGCUCAAUCGUCAGGAUAUUGGCUCCUUGGGACUUCGGGCCUCUUAGCUGGCAUGGUGCUGCUCGGAGGAUAUACCAGACUAUCUGGUGCUGGCCUCUCGAUGACCAACUGGAAAUUCCAAGGAUCGCUCCCGCCUAAUACUCCCGAGGCUUGGGAGCAUGAAUUCCUUCGCUACCAAGAAUUUCCUGAGUACCAGCGAAUCCACAAG